CAUUCGCGCACUAUGUCAUGCACCUUGACCUAUAGAUGGGGGUUGAGUCGUCGCGUCGUCGCUUUUCGUUUGUAGCUUCCAUCUGUCAAAGCAUCAUCGGAGCGGUCAUUACUAAUAUUCAGUCGAGAGUAAAGUAACGUUUAGUGCCUUUUCUCAUUGGCUUCUUUGGGUUAUUGGAUACAACUGGUCGCCAGAACGCAUACAGCGACUAUUUUUGGCUGACGAGUGCCACAAACGCAUCACUUUAGCCAGGAUGGAGUUAAUAUUGGACACCGCUAAGAGCCAGGGUCAGACCCAGAGCCAGGGGGGUCAGACUGUCUCCCCUCCCUCAAUCUUCCCCUAUCGCUUCACCUCGGACGGGCGUCUGUGUCACCGGGUCACCCAGGAGCCCUUCAUGUUCCAGCGGAGCUGUGACCCAGACGCCGCAAAGAGAGAGGACCAGGCCUUAUGUCUCCACAUCACCCAACACGUUCACUCUCUCCUGGAGGAGCAGCUGCACCUCUUCAGGCUCUACCUCCCACCCCUCAGCAAAGAGGUCUACCUCCCUCCUCCACCCCACAGCAAGGGGGUCUACCUCCCUCCUCCAUCUCUCAGCAAGGGGGUCUACCUCCCUCCUCCACCAGAGCCUCAGGGGGACCACAGGGUCUACUUUAGCCCCCACCGAGGAGCCCCCAGCCAGGGCUACGUGUACCUCUCCCCUGGGGCCCUGGAGAGCCCUGCCACCCUGUUGGUGGUGGUCCAGGACCGGGGAACGAUGCGCUGCGGGCUGUGGAGCUGGAGGGCUGCUGCCAGCCGAGGUCUGGAAAGAGGCAGCAUGAUCCCCUACGUGAAGAGGGUCCUAGAAGAGGGCAGCUCUGUCCUCCUGAUGAACCCCAACCAGGGAGGAGGUGUUGGGGAGACUCCGGAGGAGCACGUUCACCGUGUCUGGGACCUCCUGGUGUCGCGCUGCGUCUCCCGGCGUGUCGUCGUGGUAGCGCACGGUUAUGGAGGCCUGGCGUUCGUGGACCUGCUGUGCCGACGCCCACAACAAGUGGUGGGGCAGGUGUGGGCGGCGGCCUUUCUGGACUCCUCCCACAGCCUGUGGCACCAGCAGUUGGACGCGGUGGGCCGGGAGUGGCUGAGGACACGCUCUAGGAGGUGGGUACUGAGCUCCAAGCCCCUGAACCAGCCGGUGGGGUCGCUGAAAGCAGGAUGCCCUCAGAUGUCAGCUGGGACACAGAGUCAUGACGCGGCUCCAUCUGUCUGCAUGGAGUCUGUGUUCAGGUUCUUCUCCAAAACGCUGAGUCCUAAACCACCCACCACCUUCAGUAUGGUGACCCGCAGCAGGGGCACAGUGGGACAGAUCAGACCUCACAACGGGAGAGGCAUCACCAGGCCUUAUUGACAGCACCAGUGAAGUACAGGAGUACAGUGGGAAUUGAGUAUUUAUCUUACGGUCAGAAAGACACGUGUCUAAUUCACGCGAAUACAUUUUCCUGGACUCUGGAUGAGGUCAUCCUAAAUAUUUAGUGUCAUUUUGUUAAGACACCCUAGGUCAUCCUAAAUAUUUAGUGUCAUUUUGUUAAGACACUCCAGGUCAUCCUAAAUAUUUAGUGUCAUUUUGUUAAGACACUCCAGGUCAUCCUAAAUAUUUAGUGUCAUUUUGUUAAGACACUCCAGGUCAUCCUAAAUAUUUAGUGUCAUUUUGUUAAGACACUCCAGGUCAUCCUAAAUAUUUAGUGUCAUUUUGUUAAGACACUCCAGGUCAUCCUAAAUAUUUAGUGUCAUUUUGUUAAGACACUCCAGGUCCUCCUAAAUAUUUAGUGUAAUUUUGUUAAGACACUCCAGGUCCUCCUAAAUAUGUAGUGUCAUUUUGUUAAGACACUCCAGGUCCUCCUAAAUAUUUAGUUUCAUUGUGUUAAGACUCUCCAGGGUCGGACUUGUCGAUAGCAGAUUGUGGAUAAAUACUUUUUUUCAUCUUACUAUCUGUGAAAUACUAAAGACAUUUAAAGACAUGUAAAAUGCGUUUUUUUUGGCACAUUUAUACAAAUAAAAUGUUAUCUAGAAUAAAAAAUGUACCGCAUUUAUCAACAA